AUGGAUGAGUUCAAUUCAAAAUUCGUUAGAUCCCUAGCCAAACUCUAUAAAUCCUCUUUAAAUGGGGAGGAGAAUCGAUUCUCCUUUUCUACUCACUUCACCUUCCUGGAUAUCCCUUUACUUCCUAUAAGCCCGGCCCCUGAUAAUUUUGGUCCAACUUCGAAUGUGAGCUACGAAACUGACUCUCCGGAUGAUGUAGACUCGGAUCCAAUGCUAAAGUUUCUCAAUCAGAUUCUAAUUGAAGAGGAUAUGGAAGAGAGGCCUAGCAUGUUUCAUGACCCCCUUGCCCUACGUGCUGCUGAGAAAUCCUUGUAUGAAGUCAUUGGACAGAAAUACCCACCUUCACCGUCUUAUCCAGGAAGUUCUGAUAGUCCUGAUAGCUUUUACGGGAAUUCUAGCGAGUACACAAGCAGCAGCAAUGCAGGUAGUAAUUCUAUUGAUCCUCAAUGGAUUGUUGAUUCGGCUGAAAAUACUUCAUCUAUGGAACAGGGUCAUCGGCAAGAUCUUUUGCCCGAUUCAUUUUUACCUGUCAGUUCACAAUCAUCAUCACAUGCUGUCAACAGCGCCUAUGGUAAUGGGAAUACACAGACGAACUCCUUUGGCAAUGCAAGCCUGCUUCAGAAUUUCUUUGGUGAUAGUGAAUCUGUCUUGCAGUUCAAGAGAGGGAUGGAAGAAGCUAGUAAGUUCCUCCCUACCAGUAAUUCAUUGAUUAUUGAUUUGGACAAAUAUGAAUUACCUAAAAAAUCAGAAGAUAUAAGUCCAGCUGCUGUGAUCAAAACAGAAACAGAAGAGACUCAUUACUCUUCUAAUAGCCUUAAGGGAAGGAAGCAUCGACAUCCCGAUGAUGGUAAUUUGGAAGACAUGGAAAGAAGCAGUAAGCAACUUGCAACAAAUGUUGAAGAGGUUGAACUAUCUGAAAUGUUUGAUAGAGUUCUUCUCUGCACUAAUGUCAAGGGCUGCAAUGAUAUUACUGAACCGGAAAACCCUGCUCCACUGCCAGUAGUGCUGCCUAAAGAGUCUAAUGGCAGAAAAGCUCGUGCGCAGAAAAAUGAGAAGCAGGAUUCUGUGGACCUUAGAAGCCUUUUGAUUAGUUGUGCUCAAUCUGUUGCUGCUGAUGAUCGUAGAACAGCAUAUGAACAAUUAAAGCAGAUCAUGCAACAUUCUUCUCCGAUAGGAGAUGUGUACCAGAGGUUGGCUCAUGUGUUUGCUAGUGGUCUUCAGGCACGACUGGGUGGUACUGGAACUGAACUUUAUGCAUCCCUUAAUCGCAGGAAAAUUACGGCUGCAGAGAAGUUGAAAGCCUACCAGUGGCCUAUCCUCAUUCAGCAUCUUUCAGACAGAGCUAGUGGUACUUUCAAGCUGCGCAUCACUGGAAUUGAGCUUCCACAACCAGGUUUUAGACCAGCCGAACUUCUAGAGGAGACAGGCUCCCGCUUAGCAAAAUAUUGUGAACGUUUUGGAGUGCCAUUUGAAUACCAAGCCAUUGCAACACAAAACUGGGAGGAUAUUAAAAUCGAGGACCUGAAUAUUACAAGUGGUGAGGUUAUUGCUGUGAACUCUCUUUUCCGGUUUGGGAGAUUGCUGGAUGAGACUGUUAUAACAGACAGUCCAAGGGAUGCUGUUCUGAACUUAGUUAGGAAAAUAAAGCCACAUAUCUUCGUAAAUACCGUCUCAAAUGGAUCUUAUAAUGCUCCCUUCUUCGUGACUCGUUUCAGGGAGGCCCUAUUCUAUUAUUCUGCAUUGUUUGAUAUGUUUGAUGCUACCUUGCCUCGUGAUAAUCCUCAUAGGAUGGAUUUUGAACAAGAUUUCUGUGGCCGUGAGAUAAUCAAUAUUGUUGCAUGUGAGGGAGCAGAGAGGGUUGAGAGACCUGAGACAUACAAGCAAUGGCAAGUUCGCCACAAACGGGCUGGGUUCAAACCGCUACCCUUGGAUCAUGGGAUUUUGAAAAAAGUUAGGCACAAGUGCGCUGGAUAUCACAAAGAUUUUCUUUUUGAUGAAGAUGGCUGUUGGAUAUUGCAGGGCUGGAAAGGCAGGAUUCUUUGUGCUAGCUCAUGUUGGAAGCUAUUGGUUAUGGAGAUCGCUCGUCGCUGUAUUGCCAUCUUUCCGCAGUAUCGCCUAAAAGGGCAGCCAACACAUCCUCUGAAGAUUGCUCUUUCACUCCGCCUAUGCAAAAUCUGGAGACAGAGUUGCGAUAUGUGCUCGGGAGGAUGGAGUUUGACGCAGCAGAAAAUUGCUUUUGGUGUGAAUUAUCAGUUGUAA